GAAAGGUUUAGAAACCUUUCCUUAAGCUACAUUACAUAUUCAUCCAAUCCAGCAUAGUUACUGAAUUUAAAAAAGGCAAAUUAAUCUAAACAGGCAACCAAGCACACCUGAACCAAAGGCAUCAAGAACAUCUAUUACUGUGUACUGAGAGCUGGACGGAACAAAAAUGUGUCCCAAGAUACACUAGCAUUAUGUACUUGUAAAAUAUUCUGCUGGAACAGUGACAUACUCUCGCCAUCUCUCUUUCUCAGUAUUUCUCCACACCUCUCAUUACAUAUAAUGAUGGAGAGCACUUCCAACAUCAGCUCAUACGACGGGCAUAUGACGGGGGUCGUGGCUUGCGGGAUAGACUUCAGACAAGACAGCGUGUUCCUUCCUGUCCUCUACAGCAUCUUUUUCAUCAUCGGCAUGCCACUGAACCUGAUGGCCCUUUUUGGACUCUACCGGCUGAUAAAAUCGGAGAACGUUUUGCCCAUGUAUGUUAUCAACUUGUUGAUCGCUGACCUCAUCCAGCUGUUGUCUAUGCCUCUGUGGAUCGACUAUUACUCCAGCGAGCACUACUGGCGCUUCGGACCUGAGGCGUGCCAGGCCAUGGGCCUGUGCUUCUACAUCAGCAUCUACACGGGGAUCUUCUUCAUGUGCAUCAUCGCACUGGAGCGGCACCUGGCCAUAGCUCAUCCCCACAGGUUCCAGCAGUUCCACCAGCUGAAGUUUGCCUGGUGGAUGUCACUGAGCAUUUGGGUUUUAAUCACCCUGCCCCCCUCCAUUGCCUUCAACAAACUCUUCCCCAAGCAGAUAAAUGACACCUUGUGCAUUGAGAAGUAUCCUUCAGAACAAAAUUUCAUCGUCUACCGGCUGAUUAUUUUGGCCCUGUCCUUCAUCAUACCCCUCUGCUUCAUAGCCGGCCUCCACUGGCAGACCCUCCGCUCACUGAUGGCGAUCAACUCCUUCUUGUCCGAGGAGAAGAGGCGUAUCAAGGGGCUUCUCACCCUGCUGGUGGCCAUAUUCGUCACGGUGCUGGGGCCCUAUCACUUCAUUGGCUGCGUAAAGUACCUGGGGCUGCUGGCCCACAGCCAAUCAUGCGACUGGGAGAAGGCCGUGUUUGUGCCUUACCAGCUGAGCCGGGGCUUAUUGAGCCUCAACAGCCUGCUGGAUCCAGUGCUAUACACGUUCCUGCGGACCGAUUUCCGGGUGACGGCCAGGCGCUACCUGCCCUGCUUGAGUGGGAGUGAGGGGUCACGUCACUCCGCCUGUGGUACGUCAGAGCUCACUGAGAGGGGCACAAGCUCCACCCAGGACUGAGAGUAGGGACUGAAACACGUCACUCAAACUUAUGAAUGAAUGUAGCAUGAUCACAUUUGUGAAAUGCUAAUAGAGCUGCAUUGUCUUUUACUGAAUAAGAGCAGCAUUAGCAUUAUUAGCAGAAGUUCUUCUCGAUCCAUUGUGGCUAUUAUUGAAUACAGGUUAGAGUAAUAGUGAAAGAAUAGCUGUACAUGAUGAAAAAAAUAAUUGCACAUUAUUAGCUCCAGUUUUUAGUUUUUCCUGAAUGCAGGUUCAUCCUUUUCUUGGAUGAAAUUACACAGCCAAUGGUAAUUCUCUACUUUGUAAGUAAACAAAUGUUUUCAGAGCAAAGCUUAUAAAUGUUCCUUAAGAGAAAGAGAUGAAAGAAAAUUAUCCUAAUUACCACAUUUAAAUUAUAAUCAUAAUGAUUCAAAUAGUUCUGCUUAGCAUCAUUUACAAAAGCUAGCAUUCACUGAAUCUUUUCCUUUUACCCUACGUCAGUAGUACCUUGAAAACAAAUUCUAAUUUCAUAACUUUUAGCACAAAUGUGAAUUAAAGGCUAUUUUUAAAAUUAGAUAUCAAUAAUGGCUCAUCUAAUUUGGAUGUACCAAAAGCAUACUUAAAAUAAAGAGAAGCAGCCAUGGUUGAAUAGGCAAUGCUAGGUAAGUGAAUGUUUAUACAAUUUAAAUAAAUCACUUUGUUUCGUUUUUUUAUUAUUUAUUUUGCUGCUGUAAAGCAUAAUAUGUAUAUCUACUUCAGCUGUUAUUUGCUGCCUUUGAAGGUACUGAAUUAAACUGACAGUAAACUA